CACACACACACACACACACACACAGGUUAGAGCCGAGUGUCGAUGCUGAAGAGGACAUUCGGACACAAUUAUAAUGAGCACAGCGUUCCAGCAGCAGGGGGUGCACAGCCCGCUGGAGCAGAAGCCAAGCCACCCCAUCCUGUGCCACCAGUGUGGGAAGGCCUGCAAGGGAGAGGUUCUGCGGGUCCAAAACAAGCACUUCCACAUCAAGUGCUUCGUCUGCAAAGUGUGUGGCUGCGACCUGGCCCAGGGAGGCUUCUUUGUGCGCCAGGGCGAGUACAUCUGCACUGUGGACUACCAGAGGCUCUAUGGCACCCGGUGCUUCAGCUGCGACCAGUUCAUUGAGGGCGAGGUGGUGUCUGCGCUGGGGAAGACCUACCACCCGCGCUGCUUCGUCUGCGCUGUCUGCAAACAGCCGUUCCCUGCCGGUGACCGUGUGACCUUCAAUGGCAAAGAGUGUAUCUGUCAGAAAUGUACGCAGCCCCUGCCUGACAACAGCCCGGCGCCCAUCCAGGCCGUGCGCAAUUGCUGUGGUUGUGGGAAGGAGUUUAAGAACGAGCAAUCCCUGGUGGCCCUGGACAAGCACUGGCACCUUGGCUGCUUCAAAUGCCGCAUCUGUAACAAAGUGCUCAACGCAGAGUACAUCAGCAAGGAUGGAGUGCCAUACUGUGAGGUGGAUUACCACGCAAUGUACGGGAUCCAGUGUGAAAACUGCAAGAAGUACAUCACUGGGAGGGUGCUGGAGGCUGGUGACAAACACUACCACCCUACAUGCGCACGCUGUGCCAGAUGUGACCAGAUGUUUGGAGAGGGCGAGGAGAUGUAUCUCCAAGGAUCCUCCAUCUGGCAUCCGCCGUGCAGGCAGGCUGCGAGGAUGGAGGAAAAGAACAAGGUGACGAGGACCUCCUCUGAGAGCAUCACCUCUGCACCCGCAUCCAGUGCAUCGGGCUCCCCCAACAGGGUCAUCUAUGCAAAGCUGGGUGACGAACUCCUGGACUACAAGGACCUGGCUGCCCUGCCGAAGGUCAAAGCCAUUUACAACAUUGACCGGCCGGACAUGCUGACCUACUCACCGUACAUCAGCUACUCGGCUGACGAGCGACACCACGGAGAGUCACUGCAGUUGCUUUCUCCCACUCCAACCGAGGGCGAUGGGGAAAAGUCCCCCCGGCAGAGGAGGCCCUCGAGCCCAAGCUCCAACAGCUCUCUUGGGGGCUAUGGGCGUUACACUCCAUCCCGCUCACCGCAGAACUACAGCAGACCAGAGCCCUGGAUGGGAGGUGGCUUUGCAGCCCUGCCGGAGAACUCUCGCUCCCUCCCACUGUACGCGUCGGGCCACUCUGGGGGCUCUGGCCGCUACCCCCCCGAGGUGGUGCCCCAGAACCCUGGCACGCUGUUGGUGCUACAACAGCACAACUACAUACCCUACUUCAAAGGGUACAAGCAGGACCCUAUCCUCGAAAAUAGACCUAGGACCUCCCUGCAUCUCACUUUGUCCACCUACGGUAGUGAAAGUGGGCGGAGCACCCCCAGCCUAUCUGCCUAUUCAGACAGCAAGUCUCCUUCGUCCACAUACGUGCAGGCACCCAGGCAUUUCCACGUACCAGACACUUUGGGCAAAGACAAUAUCUAUAGGAAGCCCCCUAUCUACAGGCAGCAUGCUUCGAGGACCUCCUGGCAAGAAGGGGAUGAUUUGGACAGAAAGAUGAAAACAAGCUGGAUGAUCUUGAAGGGCGACAUUGAUGGACAGUCGAGUCCGGAGUAUAUGGAUCCCAGGACAUCGACACGGAGCCUGCCUACUGACACCUCCCAAACUAAUUUCCCCUACAAUAAGUCCGCCUCCUUGCCAGGUUAUGGGAGAAAUGGAAUCUACAAGGCAUCAGAUCUUGCCGAGGAUGACCCAGACCAAGACUCGAGCUGGGGGACGAGAGAGUACAAGAUCUACCCCUAUGACAUGUUGGCAGUGACUCACCGAGCCCGAGUCAAGCUCCCCAAGGAUGUGGACCGAACCCGACUGGAGCGACACCUGUCCCCUGAAGACUUCCAGCAGGUCUUCGGAAUGACCAUUGAACACUUUGAUCGCCUUGCUCUGUGGAAGAGGAACGAGCUCAAGAAGAAGGCGAGACUUUUUUAAACAAGGCAAAAGCAAACAGAAAAAAACACAACAAAAAUGUUCAUCAUCAGUUCUGUGGGGGGAGGGGGGGACAAAACAGACAAAUAUACGUGUACCACUGUGCUACUCUACACCUCCAGCAGCCUGUUUAGGGAAGAAGCGCCGUGAGGGCCGCUUGAGGGCCUCUGAUGUUGUGGCGAAGGUGCCGCUACGUGGAAGCAGCGCCGUCUCCCUCCACGUCCCGGCAGAGUUGCAGAAACGCUUCUGGGCCGCUGGGGGUGGAGUCGUGUUUGCAUGGCCAGCUGUGCUGCUUGUCGCUCCCUGCUUUCCCGCUGCUCCCGCUUCCAAGGCAGUGGCGCGAUGUGGCGGCCUCCCUCGGUUCUACACGCCACACUCGCACACUCUCCGUUCAUCUCAGUAACAAGACUUUGAGCUUCGUGCCGCCGCAGACCAUGUCCACCAUAGGGCAGCAUGCUGAUGCCAAAGACGUGUCAGGAAUUUCAGUUGUUCUGGGUUUUUUUUUUUAAUGUAAGAGAUUGUCAAAGCACCUUACUACGUCACCGAGUCUCGACUUCACUUGUUUUCUGUGUGUCACUUGUCACGAAUGGGUCCUUCUUGGUGUCCUGGAGGCGCCGGAAACAGUGAAGCGAAAAGAAAAAUGGGCAGGAGCAGUAGGAUUAUGGGAAGCACAGGAGUGCACUGACUUUGCUCUCACAGCUGCAUUGGAGAAGGAAAACAUGUCAACACACUGAAAUGCAAUAGUCAGAGAAAUUCUCUCUGGGGCGCCGACUGCAAAUCAUUCGGCAUUUCCCAACAUUAUUUUUAUACUCUUUGACUCCAGAAACGAUUACAGUGAUAAAUAUUGGUUUAACAUGACAAGAUCAUCUAGACUUCUUAAAGCAAAUACUGAAUGUGUCCAUAUUUUUACUCAUAAAGCACAACGUUGCACUCUCAUAGAUCGUUUUAUUUAAAUCUACAUUAUUGUAUUUAAAGGUGGGGUUCUGUCUGGUAGAGGAUCACCUGUAUGUACAUGUUCACAUGCAUCUCCCACCCAGAUAAUUGAUAUUUUCAACUACGCUGGAUAAUGUUUUAGUGUCUGUAAUGACAUCCAUGCUUUAACAUAGAGGGAAUUUAGUCUUUCUGAGGACUGUUAUAAAAGCUCUUCAUUCGGUGUUAUUCUCCAGCUACUAUUUAUUGAAAGAAUGUGGAGUUAAUGGCAAAGCAAGAUUUUGUUUUUCCUCUGUAAUUUGCAUCUUUAGAUAUUUAGUUUGUUUUAAAAAGAACAGCAGG